AUAAUCUUUCCGACGCUAUCGAUCGGUUCUAUUGCCGCUGAUUAUUCGUACACCCGUAAGUGGAAGCAAACAGCCCAGCACCAACAACAACAACCACAAAGUCGACGGGAUUAGAACGACUUGAAUCCAGCACAAUGAUGUUUGGACUUACGAGGCAAUACCUGCUGGCCAUCGUUCCGUUGGCAGGAUACGGGUUCGGAUGGUUCUUGGACAACAAGGAAACCGAACGAAUGACUAUGUUCCGGGAUAAGAGCGCCCUUUAUGGUCGUGUAUUGAAGGAAGGCGAAAAACCAUCCUGGCCGUAAUAAUAAGGUCAAAUUAAAUAGUGUCGAAUAAAGGCAUAUGUCUGUAAACCUA